AUGGCUCUAGCCCGAAUCAAACGUGCGGCAAAAUCUCUGAAAACAUUUGAAGGUAUCCAGUUUGAAACAUAUUUGGACGAAGGUGAUAAAGCGGAAAGAUUAGGAAAAUGGUUAUUAGAAGUGUCUUGGGAAGUGGCGAAUAAAGUGGGUGGUAUUCAUCAGGUGAUCAAAAGUAAAGUUCCGAUAACAAAGAAAGAAUAUGGACCCAAUUAUUUACUGUUGGGUCCGUAUAAUGAAUCAUUCGUUAAACAAGAAGUAGAAAUUCGUGAAUCGUCUCUUCGUCCCGUACGUGAGACUGUUCAAAGUAUGCAGAGUCAUGGUAUAAAUGUCAUACAAGGAUACUGGCUUAUUGAAGGGUAUCCACAAGUUAUUUUAUUUGAUAUUGGAUCGGCGGCUCAUCGUCUCGACGAGUGGAAAGGAGAUUUCUUUGAAUACUCACGUAUUGGUAUACCAUAUCACGAUAAAGAAGCAAAUGACGCUCUUAUUUUUGGAUUUUGUGUAUUUUGGUUUAUUGGAACAUUCAUUGAACAACUGAAACAUGAUGAACUUCGAUAUGUAACGGCUCAUUUUCAUGAAUGGUUAUCGGGUGUGGGAUUGGUUAUGGCACGAAUGAGAGGAUAUGAUUGCGCUCUCGUAUUUACAACCCAUGCUACAUUACUAGGACGAUAUUUGUGUGCUGGUUCAACGGAUUUUUAUAACAGAUUAUCAUCAUUUAAUCUAGAUAUGGAAGCUGGUAAUCGUCAAAUAUAUCAUCGUUAUUGUCUUGAACGUGCCGCUGCUUCGUGUGCUCAUGUAUUCACUACUGUUUCAAAGAUAACUGGAAUUGAAGCCGAACAUUUAUUGCAUAAAAGACCAGAUGUUUUAACUCCGAAUGGUUUAAAUGUAAAAGAAUUUGCUGCAUUACAUGAAUUUCAAAAUCUCCAUGCACAAAAUAAAGAAAAACUUCAUGCAUUCGUUCGUGGACAUUUUUAUGGCCAUUAUGACUUUGAUUUGGACAAAACAUUGUAUUUUUUUAUUGCUGGUCGUUACGAAUUUUCGAAUAAAGGAGCCGAUAUGUUUAUUGAAGCAUUGGCACGACUUAAUCAUAUGUUAAAAUCAAUCAAUUCAGAUGUGACCGUUGUAGCAUUUCUUAUCUUUCCAACAGCUACCAAUAAUUACAAUAUUGAAUCAUUACGUGGUCAGUCUGUUGCAAAAAUGUUACGAGACUCUGUACAAAGUGUUCAGAGUGAAAUUGGCAAACGAUUAUAUGAAGUUUGUCUUCGCGGAUCCAUACCGAGUUCCGAUCAAAUUUUUCACAGUUCAGAUAUGAUCGACUUACGAAAAAGUAUUUACGCAACACAGCGUUCAUCAUUACCUCCAAUUUGUACACAUAACGUUGUUGAUGAUGGAAUUGAUCCAAUUUUAUGCAAUUUACGUCGAUGUCAGUUAUUCAAUUAUCGAAGUGAUCGUGUUAAAGUUAUAUUUCAUCCAGAAUUUUUACGCAGUACAAGUCCAUUAUUACCGCUCGAUUAUGAAGAAUUUGUUCGUGGUUGUCAUUUGGGUGUAUUUCCGUCUUAUUAUGAACCUUGGGGUUAUACACCGGCCGAAUGCACAGUAAUGGGCGUUCCAAGUAUAACAACAAAUCUAUCCGGUUUCGGUUGUUUUAUGGAAGAACAUCUGGUCGACUCACAAGAUUACGGCAUUUAUAUCGUCGAUCGACGAUAUAAAAGUGCAGAAGAGUCUUGUCAUCAAUUAGCAGAGUAUAUGUUCAGUUUUUCCCAAAUAACCAGACGCCAAAGAAUAUUAUUAAGGAAUCGUACGGAACGUCUCAGUGAAUUACUCGAUUGGAAUACUCUUGGAAUUUAUUAUCAUAAAGCACGUCAAUUAGCAUUAAAACGAAUACAUCCCGAAUUUGAUGAAGAACUAAAUCGAAUAACAUUUGAACUUGAACAAUUGUUAGCACCAUUCUCAACUCAAGUAUCUCAGCAGCCGUCACGAUCAACUACACCUGCACCUUCGUCUCCGGAUGAUGACGAAGAUGAAGAUGCUGAUAAACAUCAUAUACCAAUUACAUUAGCAAGACCGGCAUCAACAAAGAAAUUUAUUGGUUUUAAAUCAUCAAGCGAAAGUUUAGAUGCUAAUGAAGUAGAUGAUGACGAAAUUAUUCAGUUUUCAGCAAAACAACAUUCAAGAGAAAAAGAUCUUUUAGAUAAUAGUACACAUUAG